GCAUGCGCAGUCUCGGCCGCGGCGGCCCCUCGCCACAGACAGAGGGGGACUGGGGAGCCUCGGCCCCUUCGCGCUGCCGUCUGUUCUGGCAGUUGGGGUUCUUCCCGUGGUCCUCUCCCGUCGCGGCUCGGCGGCCGCGCUCCCUCGGAGUCCCCGGCGCGUCGCCGUCGCUCUCGGGCCGCCCGCACGUCGCGUCUGCGCCGUGGCCGCCGGCCCCGCGCCCCCCUCCCCCCGGGUCUGCAGCCAUGGCAAUGACCGGUUCAACACCAUGCUCAUCCAUGAGUAAUCACACAAAGGAAAGGGUGACAAUGACCAAAGUGACACUGGAGAACUUCUAUAGCAACCUCAUCGCUCAGCACGAGGAACGGGAAAUGAGACAAAAGAAGUUAGAAAAGGUGAUGGAAGAAGAAGGCCUAAAAGAUGAAGAGAAACGACUCAGGAGGUCAGCCCACGCUCGGAAGGAAACGGAGUUUCUUCGAUUAAAGAGAACAAGGCUUGGACUGGAAGAUUUUGAGUCUUUAAAGGUUAUAGGUCGAGGAGCAUUUGGGGAGGUGCGGCUCGUGCAGAAGAAAGACACGGGGCAUGUGUAUGCAAUGAAAAUCCUGCGCAAAGCAGACAUGCUCGAGAAGGAGCAGGUUGGCCACAUUCGUGCGGAGCGUGACAUUCUAGUGGAGGCAGACAGUUUGUGGGUUGUGAAAAUGUUCUAUAGUUUUCAGGAUAAGCUAAACCUCUACCUAAUCAUGGAGUUCCUGCCUGGAGGGGACAUGAUGACCUUAUUGAUGAAAAAAGAUACUCUGACAGAAGAGGAGACUCAGUUUUACAUAGCAGAAACAGUGUUAGCCAUAGACUCCAUUCACCAGCUGGGCUUCAUCCAUAGAGACAUCAAACCAGACAACCUUCUCUUGGACAGCAAGGGCCAUGUGAAACUUUCUGAUUUUGGCCUUUGCACAGGCCUGAAAAAAGCGCACAGGACAGAAUUUUAUAGGAACCUGAACCACAGCCUCCCCAGUGAUUUCACUUUCCAGAACAUGAAUUCCAAAAGGAAAGCAGAGACCUGGAAAAGAAACAGACGCCAGCUAGCCUUCUCUACAGUGGGCACUCCUGAUUACAUUGCUCCUGAGGUAUUCAUGCAGACCGGGUACAACAAGCUCUGCGAUUGGUGGUCACUCGGGGUGAUCAUGUAUGAGAUGCUCAUCGGCUACCCACCUUUCUGCUCCGAGACCCCACAAGAGACUUAUAAGAAGGUGAUGAAUUGGAAGGAAACUUUGACCUUUCCCCCAGAAGUUCCCGUCUCCGAGAAAGCCAAGGGCCUGAUUCUGAGGUUCUGCUGUGAAUGGGAACAUAGAAUCGGAGCUUCUGGAGUUGAGGAAAUAAAAAGUAAUCCUUUUUUUGAAGGCGUUGACUGGGAACAUAUCAGGGAGAGACCAGCUGCCAUCUCUAUCGAAAUCAAGAGCAUCGAUGACACCUCGAACUUUGAUGAAUUUCCAGACUCUGAUAUUCUUAAACCCACAGUGACCACAAGUAAUCACCCUGAGAGCGACUACAAGAACAAAGACUGGGUCUUCAUCAAUUACACAUACAAGCGCUUCGAGGGCCUGACAGCCAGGGGGGCCAUACCUUCCUACAUGAAGGCAGCAAAAUAAGACCUGUGCUGGGACCCUACACUAGGCAGAGAUCUCUGUACAGCAUUGUGGUUUUCCUCACGCUCUUGAAAGAACUUCCAAGAAGUUUAUAGAACCCAUUAACACACAUAGUCAAGUCUCUGAGAUGUGAUUGUAAGUGGCUGUUCCUCCAUAGUGCACCAGGAAACUGAUAGGACAAAGACAAGCAUUUCUCCAUCGGCUAUAAGCAGCUGUCUUGCUUCUCUAGAAGCCCCGUGAGCCAGUUUGUCAUGCGUUUCAAAGAGAAUUUGAAUUUCCUAAGUUCAUCAGAACAAAGGGGAAAAGAGCCAUUAUCCACCAUUACUGAGAGUAUGUACACUUGAGUACCAGCCAAUGCCUGCAUUGUGGUGAUAAGCCACCUGCCAAGCCCACCAAGUAUUUUUCUCUUUAUAGCUGAAAAUUAAAUAACGCAAUAAUGAAAGUCUGUGUGAACAGCCAACAGUAUGGCUGAAGGAAUGAGCUCUGUCCUGCGGGUGUGGGUGUUUUCUCUCCAUACCUCGGCCUGGACGAGUGGCUUCCCGCAGCCUUCAUUCAUGGUGCACUUUACUUAUGGUACUAGGGCAAAGGCCCUGACCCACUGACCUAGCUCCCCAUCCAAAAGACUCGUGCUGCUCUUCUGAGUGUGGGUAGGGAGGCACUAGUGUGAUCCUUUGUGGCUGUUAGAAAGCCCACAGAGCCACUGGGCACUGCCAAGGAGUUAAGGACCAUGUGGACAACCCUCACUCUCUUUACGGCCAUAUGAGAAGAUCUGGAGACACGUGCUGCCUACCAGCAAUGCCCGAAAGUGCUACAAGGACCGACUUGUUCCUGAGGACACAGCAGAGAACUUGAUGGAGGCUCAGGUGCUGCCAUGCAAGAUUUCACAGCCUCCUUGGAAGUCAAGACGGAACCAGCCUACUGAUGAGUCCUCAACUCAUGGUGCAACCGUGUUUGUCUUGGUAUUUCCCUUUCCCAACUUUAGCCAUUUUGCCUUGGAAUCAUGAUUACAAAUUUUCCCUUUGCAGAUGCCUUCCUGGGGGGCACUUGCCCCUGCACCCAAAAGUGUUGCCUGCAGCUUGGGCUGACCUGGCCUCUCCGCUGUGGCAUUCUCUAAUGAGAAACACUGAAUUUAGCACAAAGUGCCUUCUGUCACAGCUGCUGCCACCUUUAGAAGAUUUUUUGCUGCGUCAGAAAAAUGUGGAGGUUCCAUAUUAAUGCAUUAUUAGUUUGGUGUCAUGUGUUGGUAACUGUUAAAGCAUUAUUUGCACCUGUGUGGUAACUUGCAGUGUCAUAGCCAAACUACAACUGGGACUCAUGCUCUGCCAGUCUUGAAGUUGUGAAGGUCAGCUGUCCUAGCUCAGCCAUUCAGAGAACAGAAGACUUCAAAUUGUAAGCAAAACUUCUUUGGUGUCCAUGUCUUAGAUGAAGAAAAAGGAAUGUUAGGGAAGUCUUGACUCUGGGAAAGGGUGCUGGAUGUGUUAGCUCCUUAAGUUUUCAUUUAGAGCCUGCUAGUGCAAAGGAGAUAGAAGGUCCAGUGUGGCUUUGAGCUCUGUAUUACCAAACCCUGUGUGUUUGCAGGAAUGUGUGAGCAUGGGUGAAAAAGUAAUAUUGGUAGAGCCUGUGUGGUGGGGGAAGCUUUGUUUUGGGGAAAACGCCCACAUUUUAUCUGUUAAACUUCUGAGUAAACUGUGAAAACAGUAACGAAACUUGGUAGUGGUUGUAUUUCAUGGGAUGCAUUAAGCAAGUAUCUGUGGUUUGUAGCCAGCCUGGUCUACAAGAACUAUGACAGCUAGGGCUGUUAGAGAGAAACCCUGUCUCAAAAAACAGAGAUAUCUGAUUUGAAAUACAAGCAAGCAGAGCACUGGUGGUCCCUUUCUAUCUUUGUCCAGAGAGAGAGGUAUUGGAUCAUUGUACUGUUCUCUUAAUACAAGAUGCUGUCUUGGAGCUGAUAUGAAUUUAUUCAGAGAGACUAUGGAGGCCCCUCCUACCUCCAGCUUUUGUUGGACAGGUGCAUGCCUUUAAUCCCCACACUAGAGAGAGGGUGGGAUAUAGUCUCAAGAUUUCAUAGAGGUAAGAGCUUUCUAGUGGCUUGGCUGCUUUGCUUUUCUGAUUUUCAGGUUAAACCCCAGCAUCUGUCUCUGGGUUUUUAUUCAUACUACACAAAGUUCAAAGUUCUUUGACUCAACUGAACCCAGUACUCAGAGCCAGCCAGUACUGCUAGAUCUGGGAGGGCUUCGUCAAUAUUCUCCAAAGCUCUGACUGCCAUUCUACCAGUGCCUGCCUCUUAAUCCCUCGGAACACUGUAGGGACUUUGGAAGACCUUGUCUCCCUUGCUGCAAAAUUCUAAGUUGGAUUGGAAUGUGGGGUCUCCAAUGGCAACUAACUGUGAACUCAAGACGGCAGCCUAGGACAGCAGAGAAGAAGAGCACAGGCAGGCCCGUGUCCUAAGGUAAGGAACCCGCUGUCCUGGGCACCACCCAUUAGAAGUUUGUUCUGUCAUUUUCUUUUCUAUUAAGAACAAUGAACACAAAUAAAAAUACUUUAUUAUAGAAAAAACAUCCCAUAUACAGGAUUCCGUAAACA